GGCACAAGCCAAACCCCACCCCUCCCUCACAUCCUCUCUCUCCUUCACCCUGUCUUCUGUCUGAGGAGUUCAGUGAGAGUGAGAGGACGGAUGCGGACUUAUUACGUCUGCAAUUACCUGACAGCGUUUUAUCUUUCCUAAACACUGCUCACUGCUGCUUUCACCUGCCGUCGGGACUAUUUUUGGAUUUUUCAUGCCAGAAAAUUUGUUCCUGAUGCCCCAACAUUCAUAGAGCUUCAAGACAACGGAAAGUGAAGUACUGCAGUAUCAUGACCAGGAAGGUGUUCACCAACACACGGGAGCGCUGGCGCCAACAUAAUGUCAACACAGCCUUCGCAGAGCUGCGGAAACUCAUUCCCACGCACCCGCCUGAGAAAAAGCUCAGCAAGAACGAGAUCCUGCGGCUGGCCAUGCGCUACAUCAACUUCCUGGUGACUCUGCUGGAGAGCCAGGGCGGAGAGCCGUCGACUCACUCGCAAGCUGCACUCCUCACGCUGCUUACGGGGAACAUGCAGAACCUGCGCACCGACCGCACCUGGACCAGCGACACCGACCCACCCUCUCCCGGGUCCAGCUGCGACAGUUCAGAAGCAUGGUAGAAUUAAACUGAACUGAGGCAUGAGCAUUCUGUGAGAGGAUUCUGUGAUUGUGACAUUUUUGAAAAUUCCAUCGCCAUGGAGAGACAAAGCUGGAGUGGAUUUCCGGAACUCGGAAUGUUCAUGUUCACUAUGACAUAAAAAUCACUCAUCUUUUCCAUGCUGUUUGGAAAUGAAUGAUCUGUGGAAACCCAGAGACACUUUAUUCACCAGUACUACAAAUCAAGCGGAAACCCUGAACAACAUAAGCAUUGUCAAGAAUGCACUUUGGAAGCAUCUCCCCCAAUAUUUUUUAGUAUUAAUAUAAUUUACUAUUUUAAAAACUCAAGAAUGUUUUGUUUGAGACUGAAGCCAGUAACAAGCUCAGAUUUCAAAUUUUAAUUUAUUUGAUUGUAUUUAAUGUCUUUAUUUAAUAUUUUUAAUAUUUAUGCUAUUAAUGGAUUCAGCACAUGCAACUUGUUGUACAUUAAAUUGUAAUUUAUUAAAUGGAAAAUGUUAUUGUUUGAACUACUCUGCAUUCACAAAUACAAAAUAUGUUUUGCCAAA